AUGUCUCUCACGUUCAUAGUCAUCAUCAUCGUUUUCGUUACGUUUACUACGACGACGACAAUAAGAACGACAGCGUCGACGAAUCGUGAAAGCAUAGAUACUGAAGUAAUUCUGUAUCUACAAAAGUACGGCUACUUAAGUAAAGCUGACAACAAUACACAAUUAUCAUUCGAAGAGGGAGAACUUAAACAGGCUAUUUCGUUGUUUCAAGAAUAUUAUCAAAUACAGGGCGAUGGUACAUUGAAUAACUAUACGUUGUAUCAGAUGCGUAAACCACGAUGUGAUCUCCCUGACAUCUACGAGUACAAUAUAGGUAGACGUAAAUGGGCGAAAACACAUCUCACGUGGAAUUUCCAGCUAGCGGAUCCACAAACCUUGCAAACUACCGAAUUCGCGUUCUCGCUAUGA